AGAGAGGGAGCUCUGAAGAUCACACUGAACAUCCUGAGGAACAUGAACCACAAUGACCUCGCUGAUACACUGCAGAAAAAUGAUCAGAUUGUAACUGCUCAGAGUAAACUGAAAUCAAAUCUGAAGAGGAAGUAUCAGUGUUUAUCUGAAGGAAUAGCAAAACAAGGAAACCCCACCCUCCUCAAUAACAUCUACACAGAGCUCUACAUCACAGAGGGUGGGUGUGGAGAGGUCAAUAAUGAACAUGAGGUCAGACAGAUUGAGACAGCAUCCAGAAGACCAGAAACAGAAGAGACACCAAUACAAUGCAAUGACAUCUUUAAACCCUUACCUGGACAAGACAAACCCAUCAGAACUGUCCUAACAAAGGGAAUUGCUGGCAUUGGAAAAACAGUCUCUGUGCAGAAAUUCAUUCUGGACUGGGCUGAAGGACAAGCCAACCAAGAUGUCAAGUUCAUAUUUCCACUUCCCUUCCGGGAGCUGAAUUUGAUGGUGGGAAAAUACAGUUUGAUGGACAUUCUCUAUCACUUUUUUCCAGAGACAAGGGGACUAAAAUUUACCAAUAAUGACAAAUAUAAAAUCAUGUUCAUCUUUGAUGGAUUGGAUGAAUGUCGAUUUCAACUGGAUUUUGAGAAAAAUGAGAUGCUGUGUAGUGAAACAGAACUUACUUCAGUGGAUGUCCUUCUGACAAACCUCAUUAAGGGGAAUUUACAACCAUCCACUCCCAUCUGGAUAACCACUCGUCCAGCGGCAGGCAGCCUCAUUCCACCCAGGUGUGUUGACCAGGUGACAGAAGUAAGAGGGUUUAGUGACCCUCAGAAGGAGGAAUACUUUAGGAAGAGAAUCUCUGAUCAAAACCUUGCCAGCAGAAUCAUCACACACAUCAGGGCAUCAAGGAGUCUCUACAUCAUGUGCCACAUUCCAGUCUUCUGCUGGAUUUCAUCCACUGUUCUAGAGAGAAUGUUGAGUGAAGCAGAGAGUGGGGAGAUCCCAAAGACUCUGACUCAAAUGUACACACACUUCUUGAUCUUUCAGACCAAACAGAGGAAUGAGAAGUAUGAAGGACAUUAUGAGAUGCAUCCACAUUGGAAUAAAGAGAACAUUUUAUCACUGGGAAAACUGGCUUUUCAGCAGCUAGAAAAAGGAAAUCUGAUCUUCUAUGAGGAAGACCUGAGAGAGUGUGGGAUUGAGGUCAGAGAGGCAUUAAUGUACUCAGGAGUCUGCACCCAGAUCUUUAGAGAGGAGUCUGGGUUGUUUUAUGGGACUGUGUACUGCUUUGUACAUUUGAGUGUUCAAGAGUUUCUGGCAGCUUUAUAUGCAUACAUGUAUUUCUGCAACAACAACAAAAAUGUCCUUGUUCAAGAGCAAACGCGACUGGAUGAAUCAAAUGAAACAGUGAAUGGUUUGCUCAAAAGUGCAGUGGACAAGGCCAUACAGAGUGAGAAUGGACACCUGGACCUUUUCCUCCGCUUCCUUCUGGGUCUCUCACUGAAGUCUAAUCAGACACUCUUACAAGGCCUACUGACACAGUCAGUGAGUGACUCGCAGAGCAAAGAGGAAGCCAUUAAGUACAUCAAAGAGAAGUUCAGAGAGAAUCCCUCCACUGAGAGAUCCAUCAAUCUGUUUCAUUGUCUGAACGAAAUGAAUGACCACUCUCUAGUGGAGGAGAUCCAAAGCUACCUUAGAAUAGGAAGUCUCUCCAGAGCCAAACUCUCUCCUGCUCAGUGGUCAGCUCUGAUCUUUGUGUUACUGACAACAGAGGAGGAGCUGGAUGUGUUUGACCUGAAGAAGUUCAUCAGAUCAGAGGAAUGUCUUCUGAGGCUGCUGCCAGUGGUCAAAGCCUCCAGAAGAGCACUGAUCGACAGUUGCAAUCUGACGGACAAAAGUUGUCCAGCUCUAAUUGAAGUUCUCAGCUCAAACUCCUGCUGUCUGAGACAUCUGGACCUGAGUAAUAACUGUGUGCAGGAUUCAGGAGUGAAAUUGCUCUCUACUGCACUGGAGAAUCCACACUGUAAAUUGGAGGUACUGAGAUUUUCAGGGUGUGGUAUAACAGAAGAAGGACAUGCUGCCCUGGUUUCAGCUCUGAGAUCAAACCCCUCACACCUGAGAGAUCUGGAUCUUGGGCGGAAUAACAUUGGAGACUCAGGAGUAAAACUGCUGUCUGAUUUCCUGGAGGAUCCGCAUUGUGAACUGGAGGCGCUCAGGAUUGACAGUUGCAAUCUGACGGACAAAAGUUGCCCAGCUCUAAUUGAAGUUCUCAGCUCAGGCUCCUGCUGUCUGAGACAUCUGGACCUGAGUAAUAACUGUGUGCAGGAUUCAGGAGUGAAAUUGCUCUCUACUGCACUGGAGAAUCCACACUGUAAAUUGGAGGUACUUAGAUUUUCAGGGUGUGGUAUAACAGAAGAAGGACAUGCUGCCCUAGUUUCAGCUCUGAGAUCAAACCCCUCACACCUGAGAGAUCUGGAUCUUGGGCAGAAUAACAUUGGAGACUCAGGAGUAAAACUGCUGUCUGAUUUCCUGGAGGAUCCACACUGUGAACUGGAGGCGCUCAGACUCAGCAGUGGAGGCAUCACAGAGAAAAGCUGUGUAGGACUGGUCUCCGUUCUGACUUUGUCUCUUCUGAAAGAACUGGAUUUGAGUAACAAUAAUCUGCAGGACUCAGGAGUGAGGCAACUCUCUGCUGGACUGAAGAGUCCACAAUGUAAACUGGAGACACUGAGGCUUUCAGAAUGUGAUAUAACAGAAGACGGAUAUGCUACUCUGGCUUCAGCUCUGAGAUCAAAGCCCUCACAUCUGAGAGAGCUGGACCUCAGAGGGAAUGAUCCUGGAGACUCAGGAGUGAAGCUGCUUUAUGAUUUACUAGAGGAUCCACACUGUACACUAGGGAAACUGAGGCUGUUGAAAAGUCCUGUUGCAGAGGAAGCCUGUACUUUUCUGACUUUAGUACUUGGUCAAACACCCUUACUGCUGAGAGAACUGCAUCUAAAUGAGAAUGAAUUAGGAGACUCAGCAUUGAACCACCUUGGCUCUCUAAUAGAAGAUUCUCAUUUCAAACUGCAAAAACUAAGGCUCAGUAAUUUCAACAUAACACAGACAACUUGUUCAGCAAUAGUCAAAGUUCUCAGCACAAACUCCUGUCUGAGAGAGUUGGACAUGAGUGACAAUAAUCUGCAGGAUUCAGGACUGAAGCUGCUCUCCCCUGGACUGGAGAAUCCAAAUUGUAAACUGGAGUUACUGGGCCUGAAUGAUUGCAGUAUAACACAGGAGGGGUGUGCUGCUCUGGCUUCAGCUCUGAAAUCCAACCCCUCACACCUGAGAGAGCUGAAUCUGAGCAACAAUGAACCAGGAGACUCAGGAGUGAAGCUGUUGUCUGAAGUGGUGAAUGAUCCAUGCUGCAAACUUGAGAAACUUCGCCUGGAUGACUGCAGUAUAACAGAGGAGGGGUGUGCUACUCUGGCUACAGCUCUGAAAUCCAACCCCUCACACCUGAGAGAGUUGAAUCUGAACAACAAUAAACCAGGAGACUCAGGAGUGAAGCUGUUGUCUGAAGUGGUGAAGGAUCCACACUGCAAACUGGAGAUACUUCACCUGAAUAAUUGCAGUAUAACACAGGAAGGGUGUGCUGCUCUGGCUUCAGCUCUGAAAUCCAACCCCUCACACCUGACGGAGUUGAAUCUGAACAACAAUGAACCAGGAGACUCAGGAGUGAAGCUGUUGUCUGAAGUGGUGAAGGAUCCACUCUGUAAACUUGAGAAACUUUGCCUGAAUGAUUGCAGUAUAACACAGAAAGGCUGUGCUGCUCUGGCUUCAGCUCUGAAAUCCAACCCCUCACACCUGAGAGAGCUGAAUCUGAACAACAAUGAACCAGGAGACUCAGGAGUGAAGCUGUUGUCUGAAGUGGUACAAAAUCCACACUGCAAACUUGAGAAACUUCACCUGAAUAAUUGCAGUAUAACACAGGAGGGGUGUGCUGCUCUGGCUUCAGCUCUGAAAUCCAACCCCUCACACCUGAGAGAGUUAAAUCUGAACAACAAUGAACCAGGAGACUCAGGAGUGAAGCUGUUGUCUGAAGUGGUGAAGAAUCCACUCUGCAAACUACAGAAACUUCGCCUGAAUAAUUGCAGUAUAACACAGGAGGGGUGUGCUGCUCUGGCUUCAGCUCUGAAAUCCAACCCCUCACACCUGAGAGAGUUAAAUCUGAACAACAAUGAACCAGGAGACUCAGGAGUGAAGCUGUUGUCUGAAGUGGUGAAGAAUCCACUCUGCAAACUACAGAAACUUCGCCUAUAUAAUUGCAGUAUAACACAGGAAGGCUGUGUUGCUCUGGCUUCAGCUCUGAAAUCCAACCCCUCACACCUUACAGAGUUGAAUCUGAACAACAAUAAACCAGGAGACUCAGGAGUGAAGCUGUUGUCUGAAGUGGUGAAGGAUCCACUCUGUAAACUUGAGAAACUUCACCUGGAUGACUGCAGUAUAACAGAGGAGGGGUGUGCUACUCUGGCUACAGCUCUGAAAUCCAACCCCUCACACCUGAGAGAGUUGGAUCUGGACAACAAUAAACCAGGAGACUCAGGAGUGAAGCUGUUGUCUGAAGUGGUGAAGGAUCCACACUUCAAACUUAAGAAACUUCGCCUGAAUAAUUGCAGUAUAACACAGGAGGGGUGUGCUGCUCUGGCUUCAGCUCUGAAAUCCAACCCCUCACACCUGAGAGAGUUAAAUCUGAACAACAAUGAACCAGGAGACUCAGGAGUGAAGCUGUUGUCUGAAGUGGUGAAGAAUCCACUCUGCAAACUAGAGAAACUUCGAGUUGAAUCUGAACAACAAUAAACCAGGAGA